CUAGUAACUUCAAGAAUUAGUAACUUACAUCAUAAUUGGCUGUUUGAAUAGUUUUUUCUUGUCACCGUCAGCCACCUAGCUGGCCCUGUAAGGAAAAUCGGAAAAAAAAAUUGAAUUGCUACAACAUUUUCAACAAAUUGUAAUGCCUGUGCUUGUGAUUAAGGAAGAUGUAGUCACCCAUGCAGUUCCAACGGCAUAUGGAAGACAUUUAUGACACUUGUGUCCUUACAUUAUUAUCAUGCUAGCUUCCACUCUGACGUCUUGGUUGUGAGUAAACACAAUGAAUUGACAUAUAAACAGUUAGCUAAACAGUUAACUCAAUUAUUGUAGCGCCAUCCAGUGGUCAUAAUUAGAAUAGUAGUUCAUUUUAUUGAAAAUGCAGAUAAUUUUUACACUAUAUAAAAUCGUCUCGUGGGCCGGAUUAAACCCAUUCCGGCCCGCCCCCCGUAUGUUUGACACCCCCGACAUACAGUAUGUACCGUAUACUUUGCUCGCUUGCCUCAAACAGAGCUAAAAAUAGAUCAACCCUUUCACCUCGCACGUUAAAUAGUUUACAGUGGCGACGCCUCCACUUCCUCGUUUCAACCAGGACUUUGAACUCGGAUCACAAUGUUUGUUUUUGUCCUCUGACUGGAACAUAAUUAGGAAUUGCCUGUCUGACGUCUCAGUCGUGUUGCAGUAGCGUUGUUAUUAUUAUAGUAGCACUACUAUUAUUAGUACUAUUAGUGUUACUAUUAUUAGUGUUAUUAUCCUUAAACGUGAUGCAACAUCCCCUAAUUUUAUUUGUCCAUUCAGCUUCACUGUAUGUUGUCAGUCCCUUACUGUACUUCAACAAAAGGUCUUGAAUUACAGGUUUUCCUCACACGUGAUUCCACCCAAACAAACAUGGGUGUGGAACCACGCCGCAUUCAUACGGCACUGCUGGUUCUGCCUCUUCCAGUCCGGCUGCCGUUCCCGUCAAGUUCCAUUAAUGAGUCACUGACGUGUGUUUUUGUCGCCGGGGAUCCAGCGACGAGACGCUUUUAUUGCUGACUCACACAAACACACGGCGAGAAUGGCGGGAGAGAGUACGCCAGAAGGUCUGGACCUGAAGGAGAAGGGCGAGGAAGAACUGUGGGAACUCAUUAAUGACAAUCGCCAUCGGAUCUCCUUGGGCGUGCGGCCGUGCAUCGUGAUCCCGUACCUCCGACAAGCCAGGGUGCUCACGGAGAUGGACGAGGAUGAGAUCCUUUCCUGCCACAACCUGACCAACCGCUCCAUGAGAACAAGCCAUAUGAUGGAUCUACUUCGCACGCAGGGUAGAAACGGUGCUGUGGCUCUGCUGGAGAGCCUCAUGAUCCACUACCCGACCCUGUACACUCAAGUCACCGGACACAAGCCCAGUACUGAACCAUCAAGAUUCAGUGGCCUGAUAAAGUACUCGGAACUGACCGAGUACCUGAUCAGAGCAGUGACCGGGAUGCAGAACGAGCUUCAGGAAGCCCGUUGUGAGGCCGGAAGAAUGAAUGCUCGCUGCGCCUCGUUGGAGUCUGAGAUCCAGCAGGUCAUGGAGCAUGAGGAGAAGUCCCGGAGCCUCCAGUCCGAGUAUAAACGUGUUCAGAGACACUUGUGCUCGCUGCAACGGGAAGUCACCAACCUCAAGGAAGAGAAGUGCGACUUGUACGCGCGCUACACGACGGCCAUUGAGGAGAAGUCGGCCAUGAGUAUGCGCCUCCAUGAUCUCAACCUGCAGAUAUAUCAGCUUCAAACAGAGCUGCAGAAGGCCCAGACGGAGAGCGACUUCCAGAAGCGGCGCUCUCUCCGAUGCGUCCCGAUUGCCGAGGCAUCUCAACUGCAAGAGGAAGUACGGAGUCUGCGCUGCCAGCUGCUGAAGAUGGAAAAACUGAACCCUGCUCAUCAGGACAUCCUGGCCCAGGAUCUAGCCGAGGCCAUAGACAGCCAGGUGGAGCUUGCGGAGCAGCUGAAAUGUUCCAGAGAAGAAAAUGAACAGUUGCACAGAGAGAAGCAAAAACUUCUGGAUCAGAGCGAAUGUCUGACCCUCCAAGUGCAGCAGCUGACCCUGGACUGUAACAUGCACCAACAGAGGAGCACUGUGAUCCAGAACCAGAUGAGGGAGCUGCAGACCGAGAGAGACCAGGCAUACCUCUCCAGAAACGAAGCUCAGACCCAAAUCGCCUCCAUUCUGUCUGAGAAGGACACCCUGAGGUCUCAGAUGAUGGCGCUCAAGGAAGCCUUCAGUUUGCAUGACAAACACCCUCAAGACUGGCAGAGACCUGAUGAGACGGAACUUGACUGGGAAUGCUCAAGGUCCAACUUUAAAGACUCCUCACUCCCAAAUAGACGGAGACUAUGCCGCAUGGACGCAAUUAAUCCAUCAUCACCGAGUCCCUUUUCUUCAGAGUGCGAAGAAGCAAUGGCGAGUAGUGUCCGAUCCCGAAACGUAGAACCUCCCAGUCCACAGUCUCUCCGCAGAAGAGAGGGGGCCCUUUACGACGACAACAGCCUGGAAACAUUGGAGACUGAUGAUUUUUCAUUGGACGACGACUUUGUGAUCCUGCCCAGUGUGUUGAAUGAUGACAAAGAGACAUCAUCACAGUUUACGCCUGGUAGAACCAACAACACGUACAGUCUGGACAAGAACUUUGCACCCCCGUUCCUUGUGCGUUCCCGCCCAAAAGCGAUUCGCAUCAGCGGCCGCGUGGUCACCAUUUCCUUCCAGGGCGACGCGCUGCUAAGUCAGGUGGCCGUUCUGGGAGGGAAUAAGACCGGCGUGUUUGUGCAUGAAGUCACGGAAGGCAGUGCUGCACACACGGUGGGAAUCAGCCGUGGAGCGCAGAUAGUGGAGGUGAGGUACCAACAGAACCAGAAGGUUCUCAGGGUAGUCCUGGAGGAUUCCACCUUAGAAGAAGCUAUGUGGGCUCUUGGCCAGGUCACUGAUCUCUGCCACCUAUCUCUUCGGCCCAGGCAACAUGAUUAUGAACUCCUGCUUCAGCAACUCCAAAACAAUGAAAUGUCAUCCGGCGACUCCUUCUACGUGCGCGUCAACGUGACCAUCCCGGCAGGUCCCAACGGGACUCUAGCCGUGGCCUGCGACGACAUCCUGCAUGUGACCAACACCCGGCCCUCGGACACCGACGGCUCUUGGUACGCCAGUCAGGUUCACCCCUGCCAGCUCCUGGCACUCCACAGCGGGCUGGUCGCCAACUACUACAGAGCGCAGCAACGUCUCAUUCGGGCGAUCGAAGAAAUGAACUUUCAAAUCCGGAAGUCUCACAAGGAUGGGCGCCUGGUGGGCCAGAACAGACAGAAAGAGGUGCGGAUUGUAAGCUUGGGACUGCAGGGUCGAAACCCCCUUUGGGUCAGCGUGGAGAACGACAAGACCAAGAGCGCCGACUCGGGUGACGCGUCAGCACCCAGAAGUUGCGUAACCCUUAUGCCGUAUACGCUGGUCACCCCGCACUUCCCCCCCAUAUGCAGACCAGUCCUGUUACUGCCCUCCAUGCUGGGACGCAUCCUGGAUAAGAAGGUAGCAGGCUGGCAGGGCUUUGAGCUCUGUGAACCGGAGAUGUUGAGCGCAAGUGAUCAUUCCGUCCGCCUUCAGAAGUCUGAGCUGCUGGAGGAGUGUGAGCAGGGAAGGAACUGCUGUUACACCCUGCAGUGUGUGAAGAAAGUCAUGCAGAAGGGCAUUCACUGCGUGCUGCCACUCGGACUGGACUGUGUACGUCGCCUCCACAGGGCUGAGAUCUUCCCCAUCAUCAUCUUCAUCAGCCAGUCUGUCAGCAGCGCCCGUAAACUCAGGUCGAAGCUUCAUCGUCAGAGCUGGUCGGAGGAGCAGCUGCUGAUGUGUUCAAGGAGCCAAGAGCCGCUGUUGGACAAGCUGCCAUGUUUGUAUCACAGAGUGGCUCCUGACUCCUGGUGUGACCAGGCGUCCCUGCUCACCAGGAUACGCACCGUCAUCUGGGAGGAGCAGAAGAAGAUUGUGUGGGUGGAGCCUGACCUGUGGUAAAAGGGAAAAAGUAGGAAUUUUCAUUUCUUCUUAUGCUUGUUAUUACAAAUAUUUGUAAAGUAUGUAUCUGUGAUACUUCAAACGUAACAUAUUGAAAUAAAUACUGAAGUAAUGUA